AUGGCUCCUCUCGGAUACCUCCUAGUGCUCUGCAGCCUGAAGCAGGCGCUGGGCAGCUACCCGAUCUGGUGGUCCUUGGCUGUGGGGCCCCAGUACUCUUCCCUGAGCACUCAGCCCAUCCUCUGUGCCAGUAUCCCAGGUCUGGUGCCCAAGCAGCUUCGCUUCUGCAGGAACUAUGUGGAGAUCAUGCCCAGUGUGGCUGAAGGUGUCAAGGCUGGCAUCCAGGAGUGCCAGCACCAGUUCCGAGGCCGGCGUUGGAACUGUACCACCGUCAGCAACAGCCUGGCAAUCUUUGGCCCUGUUCUGGACAAAGCCACCCGGGAGUCAGCCUUUGUCCACGCCAUUGCCUCUGCUGGAGUGGCCUUUGCAGUGACGCGCUCCUGUGCAGAAGGCUCAGCCGCCAUCUGUGGGUGCAGCAGCCGCCUCCAGGGCUCCCCGGGAGAGGGCUGGAAGUGGGGCGGCUGCAGUGAGGACAUUGAAUUUGGCGGAAUGGUGUCUCGGGAGUUUGCUGAUGCCAGGGAGAACCGGCCAGAUGCCCGCUCUGCCAUGAACCGUCACAACAACGAGGCUGGGCGCCAGGCCAUCGCCAGUCACAUGCACCUCAAAUGCAAAUGCCACGGACUCUCCGGCAGCUGCGAAGUGAAGACCUGCUGGUGGUCGCAGCCGGACUUCCGCACUGUCGGGGAUUUCCUCAAAGACAAGUACGACAGCGCCUCGGAGAUGGUGGUGGAGAAACACCGCGAGUCCCGUGGCUGGGUGGAGACCCUGAGACCACGUUACACGUACUUCAAGGUGCCCACAGAGCGCGACCUGGUCUACUACGAGGCCUCGCCCAACUUCUGUGAGCCGAACCCUGAAACCGGCUCCUUUGGGACGCGCGACCGCACCUGCAACGUGAGCUCGCACGGCAUAGACGGGUGUGACCUGCUGUGCUGCGGGCGCGGCCAUAACGCGCGCACUGAGCGACGAAGGGAGAAGUGCCACUGUGUUUUCCACUGGUGCUGCUACGUCAGCUGCCAGGAGUGCACACGCGUCUAUGACGUGCACACCUGCAAGUAGGAGGGUUCCCAACGGAGGGCGCAGGGCUCAUACUUAGGGGCAGGGUUCUUACCUGGGGGCAGGGUUCCUACUUGGAGGGGUCUCAUACCUGAGGAUCCAGUUCCUACUUGAGGGCAGGGCUCCUACUUGUGAGGGGCUCCUGCUUGGGGUCUGGGUUCCUUUUUAGCGGAGAGGCUCCUGCCUGGGAUACGGGUUUCUACCGAGGGUGGGGCUCCACCUAGGGAUGAAAUUCCAAUCUGGGACGGGGGUCCUACCCCAUAUGGGUUGGGCUUCUCUCUUGACCCCGACAGGGCUCAAAUCGGUACAGGUGAGCAACUCCCUCAACUAGUUGGGGUUCGUGGAUGGGCGGGGAGGGAUUGGGGUCCCUCCUCCCAGAGGCGCUGCUCUAGAUAGAUUGAGAGGGUGCUUCAGGGUGGGCCCUACUGGGCUUGGGGAUCCAGUGGGGGCGGGACUUCACCCUGAGUGGUUAGAACUUCUGAGCACGAAGAAAGGAAGGAGACCCCCUUCCGUUGGGGUGAGGCAAGGCUUCACCGAGGACUCAUGGAACAAACUCCAGGGAAGGAGGAGCUCCUAAGGAAGCCUAGGUUCUGAGCAGGCAAUUCAGCUACUAUAUGGCUCCUUUUCAGUCCCCGUGUACAGUUCCAACUGCAAGCCUCAUCCGUACAUAGCAGGAUCUCCUGAUGGAAUGAGCCAUGGAGAACUCAGGGGUGACGCCGAUCUCACCCCCAUGCCUGGGAACUCCUUUCCAAGCUCUGCACCCCUUCUGCCUGGGCGUUCCUACCCUCCUUACCAGAUCUCCCCUGAGGGAGAUUUGCAAUCCCCCAGAGUUAAAGUGACCAAGCAUGGAACAGAGCUCUAUCCUGAGUAGAGAGGGUACUUAGCGGAUGGGGUCUGCUAAGAAGGAUCCUGGAGCCUGGCAUCUUACCACCAUAGCCUCUCACUCUCUCUGCCCUGACACCUAACACUCAGGUCUCUUCCCAGGAAACCUUCCCAGUUCAUCUGGCAGUGAUGCCCAGGCCCCAAAGGUGCUCAGAGAUUUUGGCCUCACUUUGAGUUGUAUGGACUUCAGGGACAUUAGGGCAUAGUCAGGCUGCAGAGACAAAGUGUCUCCUGGAGCCUCCCCCCUCCCCAAGUUCAAGACCAACCCUCAGAGCCUGCUGUUGAGGCAACGGUCACCAGAUCUGUUGGCCACCAGCCUGUCUCCAAGCUUCUCUUGUGUCUGUCUGGCCUGGAAGUGAGAUGCUGCAGGCCAUCUGCCUCAAGAGCUUCUGAAUCUCUGCCACUGUGAAUUGUCCCCACCUCCAGGCAGGGGAGGGGACAUGGCCACAUAGGAGUGUGCCCCAGGAGCGUCGAAGAAAGGCUCUACACGGUGACUGUCUUUUGCCUGGAACUUGGCGUUUGGUGUUGUAAUUUUAUUUCCAAUGCUGCUAUAUCCACCAUCACUGGAAUUAGAUAAACGUGACUUUUUUUCUUUUUUCUUUUCUUUCUAUGAAAGAAAUUAUUUUAGUUUAUAGUGUGUUUGUUUCAAAUA